CCUACGCUACAACACCAUUUUCAACCAAUCUAAUCCCCUCUUUCUUUUAUCACCUUCACUGCUACUGUCUCCUCUUCUCCUUGCACUGUGACGAAGCCCAUGGCUAAGUUUGUCGCUGUCUUCCUCUUGGCCCUCAUUGCCAUUUCAAUGCUCCAAACUUUGGUUAUGGCAUCUCAUGGUCAUGGAGGUCACCACUAUAACAAUCAGAAUAGCUACGGGCCAGGGAGUCUCAAGAGCUAUCAAUGCCCAUCACAAUGCUCGAGGAGGUGCAGCAAGACCCAAUACCACAAGCCAUGCAUGUUCUUCUGUCAGAAAUGCUGCAGAAAGUGCCUGUGUGUGCCUCCUGGGUAUUAUGGGAACAAAGCCGUGUGCCCUUGCUACAACAACUGGAAGACCAAGGAGGGAGGACCCAAAUGCCCUUGAAGCAAAAUCUCUUGUUCACCUUUCUAAAUCUCCCUUUUUAUUGCUGCUAUAGUACUUUGAUCUUAAAAUUAUCAGUGCCAAUGGUACCAUUGUAACACUUUUUGAGGUGGGUUUUGUCAUUUAUAGUCACUCCUUGAGGGAGAUCUCUGAAAUGAGAGUGGCUAAUCUAUUAUCAAUGAAUUCUAUAUAUGUUUUGGUUA